AUGAUCCAAUCACUUCCUUCUCCCUCUCUUGCUACUCCGGUCCAGCCACAACCGACGGUUGAACCUACUCCUCUCGACCGUCCUUCCCCGUCGCUGAACACUCUUUCUGGCACGAUUAUUCAGUUCAGCGAACAUGGUCGGAUUGCGACCUCAACCAAAGAAACAGCCUUCUUCCCCGAGGAUACAGAGCCUCAGUAUCUGGCUAAGCAAGUUAAGCUCGAGCCACAGGAUUCUGUUACAAAACGCAAGCGGUCUGAGGACACUGACGUCAAUGAGGACGACAAAUGGGACUCCGAGCCGCCCACCUCACCUGAAUACAAUAUUUCUAUUGCGAGUGAUGGUGGUGAUAGCGAUACCAGCGACGCUUCUUCAUCACCACACGCGAAGCGAGUAAAGAGAGCUGCUUUACAUCCCUCGGUCAAGAGCGGCCGCUCGAUUAAGCCCAAAGUCGGAAAGACCAGAAGGAAGAAGAAGAAGGGAACAUGGGAUUCGGAUAGGUCAAUGUCUGAGCCAAGUGACCUCGACGAGAGCGAGGAAGAAUACAUCAUUCCGACAGGAGAGCGCGAUGAGCUGCUCAAUAAUAAGCUGACCCGAGAAAGAGCAAAGCGCCUACUUGAAGCAGUAGAACUCCCCCAGGGCCACGACCUGUCACCAGACGAACAGCGGACUGCUCAUCAACUUCUUACUCGUGGCUGCAUGCCAACUAUCCACCGACAUUGGGAGAAAGAUUUCUCCACCCUUCCAGAGUCCCUGUUCUUUUCUGGGAAAGAUGAUGAAGGUCAACGUAAUGAAUCCAACUUUAUCCUUGAAAACGAUAAAUGUUCCGAGUUUUACGCGAUCCGCGCAUUCCAAGAGCUUUUGAAGAUAUGUGGUAAUGUGAGGGACUAUUGCAAUAUCCUUGACAUAUGUCCUGCAAUCUACAUCAAGAAGUCAAUAGAGAAGUACUUGCGCUGGGCAUUGAGCGAUGCCGGUGUCAGGGUCCAGCCGAACACACCCCCUGUGCACGUUAUCUAUCGCAAACCUCAGGACGAAGAGCCAAAAGAAGCCUUUAAUAGAGUUGCCAAAACAUUGGAGGAUCUAUCGAAUACCUGGCAGAGCCAACUCGCUGGACCCCAUGAUGGUGAAGAAGCCUGGCCGGCAUUGAUGGGGCUCGUUCUCUGUGGGCCUGUUCUUUCUGUCAUCUCUCUGGACACCAAUCCCAAUCCGCAAACCCUAACACACGGAAUCAAGUUCCUUGGUCAUUUCGACCUUUCAGAUUUCGAUAAUGAUGUCUGGAACACCCUGGCUAUCGCGAUCAUCGUCAUGCACAUCAGAAGGACCGUGACCAAACUCGCAAAGGCCUACUAUCACAGGUUUGUGGCCUCGAUCUUUGAUGGCCCUGCCAUGAAUUUCCCGGAUCCUGAUCGUUAA